AGGACAUUUCAAAGUUAAAAACCACCUAGAAUGAACCAAGACAACUUGCUAUGUAAAAGAUGUCCAUAGCGAACCUCUUCGUAACAUAAAUGACUACUCUUAAUGUUUUCAAAAAUUAAGAUCGGAUCUUCUUAUCUACUAUAUGGUUUGUGCUCUGGAAUUUCAUAACCGAUUGACCGGUACUUGCACAUGCGUAUCUGCCUUGUUGUGGGAGGUCCUGGUCUUUCCCAUGAGACUCUGAAGACGGGGCUUGUCAUAUUCCCAUCAGAUGGGAAAAUGCCAUGAAGAAAGGGGCCGUGUCCCAUAGGGCCUCCCUGAGGGAGGGGCCUGCGUCCCCCCUCGGACUAGGGGAGCGCCCUCAGAGAAGGGCCGGUUCUCCCUCAGACCACGAGUCCCCCUCAGCAGGGCGAUGCCCUCCACUGCGAGCCUCAGGUUUCACGAUGCCGCCUUCCCCUCUCUUGCCAGACCUUGCUCAACACACCCUGUCCCCCGCAGGUGUCCCUGCUGAGAGCGUGUACUCCAAAGUGCAGCAUUUUGAAGGGGAGACGCUGUCUGUGCAGUGCUCCUACAAGGGCCGCAAAAAACACGUGGACGGCAAGGUCUGGUGCAAAAUCCGGAAGAAGAAGUGUGAGCCUGGGUUCAGCCGGGGCUGGGCGCAGGGGCCGCGCUACCUGCUGCAGGACGAUGCCCAGGCCAAGGUGGUCAACAUCACCAUGGUGGCCCUCCGGCGCCAGGACUCGGGCCGCUACUGGUGCAUGCGCAACAGCUCCGGGAUCCUCUACCCUCUGAUGGGCUUCCAGCUGGAAGUGUCUCCAGUGCCCACAGCUAAGAGAAACACGCCUCUUACCCAACUGGCCGACAUCCUCAAGGGUGGGAUCGUCGUCUCAACGGGCCAAGCUCCCACCUCGGGCCCUGGCGCCCCUUUCACCACCAGUGUGAAGAUGCUCACACCCGGAGUCCUCACCUUGGCCAGACUCUUGCCCUCCGGUGCCUCAGGGACCAUCAGACUGAGCCCCAUGACGGGCUACAGCUUCACCAGCCCCCCCACCCCGGGGCCCCAAAGGACCAAGGGGCUCCAGACUGUGACUGCGUCUCCCAGCAAAGCCAGAGCGUCCUCGGCUGGCCCCGCACCCGACUUCACCGAGCUCGGGCAGCUGCGCACCAGGUCGCCCACCACGAGAAUGUGCCUCACCAGCAGGUCGAUCCUCCACAAGCUGUCCCCCGUCAGGCACCAGGACUCUAGCCUCACUGUGCUCGUGGGGGUGCUGACCUUCCUCUCGGUGCCCGUGGCGGUGAUUGUGGUCUAUGGGUUCUGGAAGAAGAGACACAGGGGAAGCUACAGCAUGUGCAGGGACCCUGCCAGACCCUGGAGGGACCAACCUGGAAGCCUGGAGCCUCCUUGGAAGCCUGCUUGGUUUAAGGCCACUUACGGAGUCGGGCAGCUUUUCCCAGAUGGACGCUUUUCCCGGAGGUCACAGGAGAAGUGAAGAUGGGGACCUGUCUGGACUGGAGCCAGGUUGGGGGGGAAGGCUGGAGAAUCCGAGCUGCAUUCGUUCCCUGAAGAGGGGGGUCCACCAGCCCGGAAUGACUGGAGAAAGCACCUGGGUAUAAAUGUGGCAUCUCUACUCUUGGUCCUGGUCAGGGACCUCCCAGGUGGGAGAGCAAAUGUCAUAGUCAGGAGAGUGACACAGCCGGACCCUCAAUGGGGCCACUCCAAGAUGGGCAUGGGGAGAGAAGGGGGAGCGGGGUAAUCCUAUGGGGCAUUACUGAGGAGGCACCUUUUCCCUGUGUCCAGGAGAGGGCGCUAGAAGGGAGACCCCGGCACACACACACACACACACACACACACACACACACACUGACAUCUGUCCUCCCAGGAAGGUGUGGCCAUCACCUGGUAUGUAACUUGGAGGAAGUUUAACUCACCUGGGGGAAACUAGGUCCCAAGAGUUCACCUCCAUCCAAGACCCUACAACUGGGAGGCCCUCUGGGAGAGUGCUGCAGGGGCUCAGGGCCCGGACCCAGGGGACCCAGGGGACCCAGGGUUGCCACCUGUCCCCGUGUGGCCCCGUGCGAGUCACUAACCCUAACGGCCCUCAUUUUCCCUCUCCUGUGAAAGGGGACACUAAUUCCUACCUCAAGACUUUUCAGAAUAAAACGACAGAAUAUGAACUUCAUGCGAGUGAGUGUGUCCUGACUGCUGAUCCACAGGUCCUUUCCGAGCUGUAACACUGGGAGUGACAUUCCACACUUUUAGAGACCUCUGGACCCCGUGUCUCUGUUUUGUCCUCGCUUGUAGAGGAAAGAGAGGGCAGAGGGGGACAUGGUCCCAAGGUGCUGGGUGCUGGGCCCAGGCUGUGCCUGGUGUGGGCAGGGUAGCGGUCUGGGUGACCACCACCCCUACUUGCCCAGGAUGAGGGGCUCCUGGCACCGGGCGGACUUCACAC